AUGAAGGAUGUUGUUGAAAAUCUGUGGAUCAGUUUCAUCUCGUUCCUUGUUUUUGUUACUCAUAUUCUCCAAGUGACAAUUGAGGUUUACAAAAUAGCAAAGUUCUGUUAUAGUAAACCUAACCAUGCGAAAGAACUUGUUGUUACAACAUUCCGACUGAUCAAACUUUCAUACGAUGCAGAGAUUUGGACAUGGACGGAUAUGUGGGAAAUCAUGAGAACUCAUUUGAUCGGCCCGAUGACUCGGUCACCAGGAGAAUCUGAAAAAUCCAAAUAA